CCAUGUAUCCUGUUGGCCGGAGCUAGCAACAAGACACUGAACCUUUAGCUGUAUAUGAUGUUAUCAUGUUGCCACACACACCAACAUGUUCUGGGUUUAUCCGUCCAAUUAUUAACAUAAUUCUCGAGGCUUUCAUUAUUCUUACUAACACAUAACAUUUUUAAUGCUUUUCUCCUCAUGGGUUUUGAGUUAGAAUCAAAGAGGUUCCAGAACCGUAACCGGACCGUAACCGAAGUUUGAAGUUUUGAGUAUUGAUGGCAGAAGAGAAGAAUAAACCGAAAAGACAGUAUCAGGUCUGGAAAGGAAGCAAUAGAUUCUUAUGUGGAGGAAGAUUGAUAUUUGGUCCAGAUGUGGCGUCUUUGUGUUUCUCGUUUCUCCUGGUUGCAGGUCCUGCAGUAUCUUUCUGUAUUAGAGUAAACAGCAUCAUUAAUCAUAGAAAGGAUCACCACGAAGACGUCGGUUAUAUGUAUCAAGUGUUGAUUGUGGCAGCAGCUCUAACUUGUAUGGAUGUUACAUUUCUGUUCAUGACAUCUAGUAGAGACCCCGGUAUAGUCCCAAGAAACGCAUCACCACCCGACCCGGAUGAAGUGUACGAUAUGAACACCCCUUCAAUGGAGUGGAUUCACGGAACAACUCCUCAUUUGAGAUUACCACGAACCAAAGACGUUAUUGUGAACAAUCACACCGUCAAAGUCAAAUACUGUGAUACGUGUAUGCUCUAUCGUCCUCCACGAGUUUCACACUGCUCUGUCUGCAACAAUUGUGUUCACAGGUUUGAUCAUCACUGUCCAUGGGUUGGUCAAUGCAUUGGACUACGUAACUAUCGGUUCUUCUACAUGUUUAUAUCCACAUCAACCGUCUUGUGCGUUUAUGUUUUCACGUGUUCAUGGGUCAUCUUAUUUCAACAAAAUGUCCGCAUUUUGAAGGCUAUGUCGCAGGAUAUUUUGUCGGAUUUUCUCAUCGUUUACUGCUUCAUUGCUGUUUGGUUUGUGGGUGGCCUAACAAUCUUCCAUUUCUAUCUUAUUUGUUCAAACCAGACGACAUACGAAAACUUCAGAUAUAGAUAUAGCAAGAAGGAGAAUCCAUAUCAUAAGGGGGUAAAAAAGAACCUUAUAGAAGUCUUUUUUUCUAAGAUCCCCCCUUCACUAAAUGACUUCCGCGCUUACAUACAUGAAGAAGACAGUAUACUGAUUGACUCCACAACUCCAAAUCUCGCGGAAUCGCCAAAGGAAAAAAUCGACAUCGAAACAGGAAAUUCAUUUGCAGAAGCAGCAGCUAGCUUUUCACUUCCUCAACUUUUACAAAACUUGCAGCAUGGGGAUGAGAACAUGAGAAGUAAAGUGGCGAAUGGACCGUCAGAUUCUCUCCCUUCACCUUUCUUGUUUGAAACAAACGUAGCAGCCCCUGAUCCGCCAGCCGUAGAAACAAGAAAGUCCGAAGAUGGUGCUAAUGCCGACGAGAAAAAAGAUGAAGAAACGAUAACAUUUGAAACGCGCACUGUUAAUCAUAUUUAGAGUUUUGCAGGUUUGAUGUUCAAAUUAUUCUUUGGUGCCAUAAACCAUACGUUUGAAAUGGCGUUCGUGGGUGGUUUAACGUCUGCCUUUACAAUUUAUUCGCAGAAGCAUGCCAUUUAUAUGUUGAACACUCGUUUUGGUUGUAAACGAGGAACACGACCCUCUUAUAAAUGAAAAUAAGUGACAGCCGGUAUUGCAGUAGGAUCUUUUUUUUUCGUCGACCCAUUUUCUGUUUUUGUUUAUCUGUUAUGUAGUGUUCUUUUCGUGUUUCUGUUUAUCUGUAUUUUAAGAUGUAUAUGAAUAUAUGUUAUAUUAUACCAUAUUGUUCUGUAAUAUUAUGAUCGACAAAACUUAAGAGUCG